AUGCUUGACAGCAGAGAGGUCCCACAGGACAACCGCCCGGGCAUGAUCCUGGAGACCACCCAAGAAAACUCGAAAACCAGGGCCAUGGAGAGGAUGCAAGCACCAAAUACAUAAAGCACUUGACAUAGUGUAUACACUUAGUAAAGAAAAGUAAAAAACAGAAGAAAACAACAAAGUCAACCUUCCCACCUAACCCUGGGGCCCAGUGGCAGGAGAAAUGUCCUCCAAGGCUCUUCGAAGGAUGACAGCCAACAGACCGACUCUCCACCUGCACGGGCAGGUGCCUCUCCUGACACCCGCCCUGUUGUGUAAGAGCUGCGCAGGUGGGGAGCUGGGGCCUCUGCCAUGUGGGUCAGAGGUAUCUGGGGCCACACCUCACCGGCAGCCCCGGGGCGGGAUGGGGCGGGUCCCCACUCAUGCCCAGCCCCGCUGCCUCAUCGCCUGGAACCCGGGGCACCCACAGGCAAGGGCUGCCAUAUGCACCAUGUCCUGGCUGUGGGAGCAGAGGGGAUGCUGAGCCCUGCGUCUGCCAGUUGCAAGAAGAGGAAGGUGAGCACCCUGGGGCGGCAGGCCCCUCUCAGCCACGCCCUCUGCUGGCGGUUUGGUGGAGCUGGGCCUGGCGGGGCCUGCUGUGGCUCUCCCUGGGGGACGCUGUGACACGUCCUCGGAGACUCUUGUUCUCUCCCGGGUUCUUAAGCAGACUGCCGCCAAGGGGGCCUGGGUGUGUUCACAAACUUAGUUUUGUUCGGAACCUGCAGUACCGGCAAGAAGUAAGGCUGAAUGUGAGAAGCAGCUCCCUGACUGACGGGCAGACACUCUCCAAAGAGUCCCCAAGCCAUGCUCUCCAGCUGUCGGGCCCAGAGAAGGCACAGGACAGCCCGCUGCAUUCUCCAGAGGAGGUGCUGUGGACGACUCAGGCGGAUGGGCGGGUGCGCCUGCGGAUGGACGCCAGCUGCCCACAGCUUCCCUACACUGUGCACCAGAUGUUCUACGAGGCUCUGGACAAGUAUGGGGACCUCAGGGCUCUGGGCUUCAAGCGCCAGGAAACGUGGGAGCACAUCUCUUACUCCCAGUACUACCUGCUCGCCCGCAAGGCUGCCAAGGGCUUCCUGAAGCUCGGCCUGGAGCGGGCCCACAGCGUAGCCAUCCUUGGCUUCAACGCCCCGGAAUGGUUCUUCUCGGCAGUGGGCACGGUGUUUGCAGGCGGCAUUGUCACCGGCAUUUACACAACCAGCUCCCCUGAGGCCUGCCAGUACAUCUCCCAUGACUGCCGCGCCAACAUCAUCGUGGUCGACACGCAGAAGCAGCUGGAAAAGAUCCUGAAGAUCUGGAAACAUUUGCCACAUCUAAAGGCAGUAGUGAUAUAUAAAGAACCUCCUCCACAGAAGAUGGCCAAUGUGUACACGAUGGAGGAAUUCAUGGAGCUGGGGAAUGAAGUGCCCGAGGAGGCCCUGGAUGUCAUCAUCAAUGCCCAGCAGCCUAACCAGUGCUGCGCACUGGUCUACACGUCAGGCACCACUGGAACCCCCAAGGGCGUGAUGCUGAGUCAAGACAACAUCACGUGGACAGCAAGGUACGGCAGCCAGGCCGGUGACAUCCAGCCAGCAGAAGUCCAGCAGGAGGUGGUGGUCAGCUACCUGCCCCUCAGCCACAUUGCCGCUCAGAUCUAUGACUUGUGGACAGGCAUCCAGUGGGGAGCCCAGGUCUGCUUUGCUGAGCCUGACGCUCUGAAGGGGAGCCUGGUGAACACACUGCGGGAGGUGGAGCCCACAUCCCACAUGGGCGUGCCACGCGUGUGGGAGAAGAUCAUGGAGCGGAUCCAGGAAGUGGCAGCUCAGUCUGGCUUCAUCCGGCGCAAGAUGCUGCUGUGGGCUAUGUCGGUGACCUUGGAGCAGAACCUCACCUGCUCUGCCAGUGACCUGAAGCCCUUCACAACCAGACUGGCAGAUUACCUGGUGCUAGCCAAGGUCCGCCAGGCGCUGGGCUUUGCCAAGUGUCAGAAGAAUUUCUAUGGAGCGGCGCCCAUGGCUGCAGAGACACAGCACUUCUUCCUGGGCCUCAACAUUCGCUUGUAUGCGGGCUAUGGCCUCAGCGAGACCUCAGGCCCCCACUUCAUGUCCAGCCCCUGCAACUACCGGCUCUACAGCUCAGGCAAAGUGGUGCCAGGCUGCCGGGUGAGGCUGGUGAACCAGGAUGCAGAGGGCAUCGGUGAGAUCUGCCUCUGGGGCCGCACCAUCUUCAUGGGCUACCUAAACAUGGAGGACAAGACACGUGAGGCCAUUGACGAGGAGGGCUGGCUGCACACAGGUGAUACUGGCCGCCUGGAUGCCGAUGGCUUCCUCUAUAUCACUGGGCGCCUCAAAGAACUAAUCAUCACAGCUGGAGGGGAGAAUGUGCCCCCUGUGCCCAUCGAGGAGGCCGUGAAAAUGGAGCUGCCCAUUGUCAGCAAUGCCAUGCUGAUCGGGGACCAGAGGAAGUUCCUGUCCAUGCUGCUCACCUUGAAGUGCACUCUGGACCCAGACACCUCUGACCCAACUGAUAAUCUGACCGAACAAGCUGUGGAGUUCUGCCAGAGGGUGGGCAGCAAAGCCACCACAGUGUCUGAGAUCGUGGGGAAGAAGGAUGGGGCCGUGUACCAGGCCAUCGAAGAGGGCAUCCAGAGGGUCAACUUGAAUGCGGCAGCCCGACCCUACCACAUCCAGAAGUGGGCCAUUCUUGAGAGGGACUUCUCCAUUUCAGGUGGAGAGUUCGGUCCCACAAUGAAAUUGAAGCGGCUCACAGUUUUGGAGAAGUACAAAAAUAUCAUUGACUCUUUUUACUAAGAAGAGAAAAUGUAACCAGGGGCCAUGCUUGAAGUUCCUUCAGGAUGGAUGGCAGGCUUCCCUAGUGUCUUCCUGAGCCCCGGGUCUCUUCAGUCUGGGCAUGGGCACUCCUCUGGCAGACCUGUUAGGUCACCAGGUGAGGGGUGGCACUGGCUCCUGUUUGCCAGGUCUUAGGCCAACAAUAGCUGACAAUUCUGAGAAGCUUCACAUGUGGAUGGUUUUAAUUCUAUUAAGUACUGCUUUUCAUUCAGGUAAUAGAUGAGAUCAGCUCUCCAGAACUAAAGCGCAGAUAACUUUUGGCCUUAGUUUGAGGUAGAUUAACACACUGCUAGCUCACCUAAUGGGCCAGCCAGCAGCAGGCUGUGGAGGGAAGUGGGGGAGACAGCUGGUAUUACUAGUGUGUCCCACAGGGAAAGCAAACAGUUAUAACUCACCUAGCGGCCUGAUUUACUUCAGAAUCUUGCUGGACACUGCUGACUCUAUUAUCCCAUUACCAGGCACUCCUCCACCACGCACAUGCCAACUGACUUGAUGCUUAAUAAAAUUGCUGCUGCCUAUUUGAUUCUAUUUAAUGUGUAAUUUGAAUAUUAAACCUUUUAACAGAA